CGUUGAGUUAGAGUAUCGGUCAAAGCGCCACGGGUCCUGUGCUACUCGCGACACCGGGCGGGAGAGUUUGUUAUUGAACGGACCGGGGAGGCCCCGAAAAGCGGUGGGAUGAAACGCAGGUGAGUGGCAAACACAGGGGCUCCUCCGCCAUAGCUGCAGGGCUCCAUUUGACAUUCACACUGCCGAUGAGCGGCAGAUAGCUUUUCUUAUCACAGGCAGCUUGAAGUUUCUAUCUGGAUGGCAUUUGAUGCAGCUCUUUUAGGGGGGGCUGCAGUUUGCAUCAUCAGUCUCAUCGAUAUGCACAUGAAUAUAUUUGUGUGUGCAAAUUAAGCUUUAAAUAGCUUUUUAGCUAUUUUAUGUCUGUGCGCCGACCUUGAGUGCCUUGAAAGGCGCUUUAUAAAUAAAAUGUAUUAUUAUUAUUAUUAUUAUUAAAACAACCAAGAUUCAAGAACGAAAACACAACAAAAUCAUACUGGUCUUAUAUGUUUUCCCAAGAUGGAACUCAGACACAGCAAAUUCAAUAAAACAGCAGGGGUCCCGAAAUUGAUCCCUGUGGAACACCGUAUGAGAGUGGGGCAGAGUGGGACUCAGAUCAACCAAGGCUAACAAAAGGUUCUUUCUGCCAAAUUGGAUCCAAACCAUUCCAGAGCGCCUCUACUAACGAGCAAACGAGUCAAGUGAACAAAAGAGUUUUGCACUUGGAGGAGGUAAUAAACAGAGCACCACUUGAAAGGAGUCCAAGCAGUGCAUACCUUGGGCGACCCAAAAAUCCUUCCUACUUUAGAGGGCUGUAAUCAGCACGAACGUCCGACUUUGGUAACCCCACGGUGAGGCGAGGCCUCUGCUCAUCCGCUGGCCAAAUUGCAUGUCAAAGAAGCGCAAGUACGUCGAUCCGCCGGAGCCGAGCGAGCAUGAGAGAACCUAUUACGUUCUUUGCUUGUUAGGAGUUAUGGGUUUAAUCAUGCGUGCCAUUUUGCAAUCAUGUAAUUUUCAAGCGUGUGACCUCGCAAAGAGUGCCUCUGCUUCGUCUGUGUAAAAAAGUGGAAUACAGGGAAGAGUGAUGUCAUUGUGGAUGUUUGUGAAGGAAAUUCAGCAAGCAGAGGUAAAACUAUCACGUGGUGCAGAAGGCUUUUUUUUUUUAUACGGUAUACUGUUAUUAUCCAAAUAAAACAUCUAAAACGUUUCCUCCAAUUUAUUCUUUUUUUUGUUUGCCAGACUAAAUGUGUGCUUUUUUAUUUUAAUACAAGUAAUUUUUUUUUUAGAGUAUACUGUUAUUAUCCAAAUAAAACAUAUAAAACGUUUACUCCAAUUUAUUCUUUUUUUGUGUGAUUUUUCAGUUCAAUGCAAGUCAUAUUUUUUUUACGCAGGCAAAAAAAUAUGAAAUACAAAAAUAUGGUGGCAGUGAAUGAAAUUCUACUCACUUCACAAUGAGCAGCAGGCGGCAGAUAGUGAACAACUCAAAGGGCCUAGAGUGUCAAUAAUGUUGGGUUAGACCCACCGCAUUAGUCAGUGUCCUAACUAAGCUCACGGUGAUAUGAUAUUGCACACGUGGUGAACAUAAAAUGAGUUAUAUAUUCUAAAUGAAUUAUGUGUGCUAAUUACCUCGAUAAUACAUGUGAUGGAAAUUCCACCAUCAAAACAAUUUCAAUACAUAAAAUGAGUCAAACCUUAGUCGAACAUUAGAGAUGAUUAAAGAAAGAUUGAGCAGGGCUUCCCCAUGAAAUCCACAGAAGAGCAUUUAUUGCAGCAUUUAUUGCUGCACUGUGUCAGGAAGAAAGAGUUUUGCUCAUUGUGUUGAAUAAUAUUUUCUUCAUCAACCGAGCGUGUUUGUUUUUGGAAUGUGGGAAAAGUGAUUUUUUUUUUUCAUCGUUCAUUCGGCGGGCGUCUGUUAGUGUCGAUUGUCCCAUAAUGUGCUCCCACGGAGGCUUGAACGCAAACAAACCCUUCUUAGACAAGCGACGGGCAAGUCCCAGUCAUAAUCAAAAUCAACUCCUUUCAAAGGUCGUGACAUUUCGCUAGUGUCGGAGAAAGCCAUACCGGAGGGAGCGUUGCCUCGCGAUGAAGAAGCUGCGGCAGCUAAUUCAUUUGAAUACGAGAUUGAUUACGCGCGAGCUUCACUGUUAAGAUUUUUGAUGGAAAGCAGGAAGAGGAUGGAUGAGUGUAGGAGGACGGACAUGGGUGGGGACCACAGAAACUCCUUGGAAUUGCCACUUGGUCUGACAAUUAACGCAUGAUAUUUUAUUUAUGACUUAAGCGUCUUAGAAUUUCAUUCAAGAUCCAAGGCCGUUCCGGAUGUAGCAAAGCAGCCCCAAAAUAUAAGUGAAAGAGCUAAAACGCUAAAAGAAAAAAAAAAAUCACUACAGUAACAAAGUAAUUGUACUCUGUUACUUCCCACCACUGGUAUUUUGGGGUGCUCGAAUCCAUUCUCCAAAAAGUUUUGUUUUCGAUGUGUAGCUAUUGUUGUUUCCCGUGAUGAUAUGAUGGAGGGGUGUCCAAUCCCAGCCUCAUCCACGUGCGAGCCUCCUCCAGUGACGCAGAGACAGAAGAGGAAAACAUGUACACCAAGCAGAAGAAGCGAGCAGCAUCCUCCUCCUCCAGCAGCAGCUUGCCGAAGCUUAGUGGAAGAAGUGUGAGUGCUGUCGGCCUCACCGUCCUCCUGGUUCUCGCCAUGGUUCCUCUCAUACACAGUGCUUCAAUAGAACCUCUGCGAGCCACGGUCGACCCAAGUCAGCUUCUCAGCCAGAUAGACGCAGCCUGCUCCUCCUUCUUCUCUGCAGACUAUCAGGCAUCUGACAUCUUAGGGGAAAUUUGCUUCUUGAUGUUGGUCCAAAACUCCAAGGAGCUCAAAGGACAAGAGAAUAACAAAAAGAGCUCGGCAUUGCAGCCCCUCCUGCAUUUGGUGACCCGUCUGCACACCCGGCAACAGCGAGGACUCUCAGUGCAGGCUAAGCUGGAAGGACCUGCUGGGAUCCAAAGUCGAGGCUACUUCCUUUAUCGGCCUCGAAAUGGAAGAAGAGAAUUAGAAUAUGAGUAGCCAAAAGAUAACAAAUGAUCACGUGAGCCGUCAAGUCGCUGCACGGGAUCGAGUCGACAACAUAAUUUACUGAAUGUAGUACAACAAGAUGAUCUUAUGAAGAAAAAAAUACUCCUUUAUGUAAAAUGUGUAUAUAUAUAUAUGUUCUUUGCAUUAAAAGUGCGAUCA